AUGGAAAUAUUGGUUAAUACAAUUGAUUUUUUCAAAACGUAUAUCGAUUCGCGUUUUUACGCCGGCCACAAAUUGGAUUUCAAACAACACAGUUGUGCCGGCGGCCCUGGUUCCGGUGGUGGUGGAGUCGUCGGCAAUAGCAGCAGCCAUCCUCUUCAAAAUCAUAUUCAUACCCACUCACAUCAUACAUUAUCGCAUCCUGUACUUCAUCCACAUCACAACAACUCUGUCAACGCUUCACAUCCUUCUGGUCACGGAAGUACACCAACUAACACUGCAGGUCUUCAGCAAGUAGGCCCAAUAUCCCAGCAACCAACAGUAACACCGCAACAACAAUUACAUACUCCCACUUCAGUCGGAUUAACUGCAAGUAACGGCAGUGCUUCAGGUGGCAGUGUAGCUGCUUCAAGUUCAGUUUCUUCCAUUGUUAUAGGAAACGGACCAGUAUCGGCUGGUCAUAAUAAUUCUCAAAAUAUUGCUACCGCAGCUGCAGUUGCUAGUGCUACAACUACAACACUCCCACACGUCGCUCCACCAAAUUUGGGGCUAAGCCCACAAUCUAGUGCAGAUUCUCAGCAGUUUAACAUUUUUCCAGCUAUUUUUAGUCGUCAACUUAACUUCUCCACCGGCGCUUGUGGCCAAAGUAAGCUAACUAUGGAUGAGCUGCGUCCAAACUUAGUUGGCGGGCUUUUAGGCUUACAACAAGGUCUUUUGGAAGAUCACGCAAAUAUGCAGCAUGGAGGCGUUGGGCAAGAGACCAAAUUUAUGUCAUUUCAGGAUAAUAGGUUAAUGGGUAUAACUUCUUCGCAUGAAAAUAGAUUGCUAGGUUUAGCAACCUCGGCUGUGCAGGACUCGCGUUCAAUUGAUAAGAAUUCACUUAAUCAUCAACGAAAGUGCAGUAGCACACCAGAGGAUUUCAGUUCACUAUAUUCUGGUCUACCCACACCUGGAAUGGAUUCUUCCUCCCAUCAUCAUACACCCGCGCAUACACCACCAACACGAUUGUCGGAUCACACGAUAUCCGCGGAAGGGGCAUUUAAGAAACUCAAACCCGAACCAAACAGUGGUCUGUCAACAGUUUCCUCCGGUAUUACUUCACCCGGAAGCGGUUUGUCUUCAUUAAGCCAACAUGCUGGCCAUACUCCAACCACGGCAUCCUGUCCGACGCCGGCGAGGCGAAGACAUCGAACGACAUUUACCCAGGAACAAUUAGCUGAGCUCGAGGCCGCAUUUGCAAAAUCCCAUUAUCCUGACAUUUACUGCAGAGAGGAAUUAGCACGAACGACAAAGCUAAUUGUUCCUGAAAUAAAAAAAUGUCAAUUAGAACCUCAUUGA